GCUCGAUGUCUGGGUCUGGCCUUCGUCCCCGAGGUGGCGCGGGCGCUGGCUGGCGCUCGCGCUCGUGCUCUGCUGCGCCUCCACGGGGGAGGCGUCCGCGGGCGCCCUGUCCUCCCGGCUCCUGAGGCUGGAGGCCGGCGUGCUGAUCCCCGUCGCCCUCCUGGGCGCGGAGGAUGGGCACGACUGGCACGACGCCUCCCGGGCGCAGGCUGGCGGCCCAGCGGCGCGGGAGCCGGGUGCGCGGGGCUGGGCAUGGAGGAGGCGAGACUCAGGAGGCACGGCCACCUCGGGCAACGCCUCCGCCGCGCACCAGCGCGGCGCUGCUCACCGAGACGGCCCGGGAGCAGCGAGGGAGGCACGCCAGAGGCCGGGGUCCUCACAAGAAGGACCCGUCUCGCCUGACACCAACCCCUUCGAAGAAGGGCCGCAGGUGUCGCCUUAUUCUUGGGUCGGCGUCUGCUCGCACCGCAGCAUGUCCUUAGACGCUGCCAAGGCGGCGUGCCUGCGGCGGCCCACCUGCUCGGCCCUGCACGGUUUUCCCUGCGACGCCGGCCAGUGGCGCGUCUGCUCCCGCCCGCCGGGCGACCGCGGGAACGUAACCGGCCACCUCCUCGCGUCCUUGGCGAGGGGCGCUUCCGCUGGCCGAGGUUCCUGCACUCGGGUUUUGCGCGGUCGGCUGGCCAGACGUAUACCCGACACCGCCGACAGCCGAGCCCCGAGGCCCGACGCCGCCGUCAGCCGAGCGCUGAGCUCGGAAGGCGUCAGCCGUUUUCGGCGAGGCUCCGCUGACCAGGGGAGGUUACUCAGUUCGAGCGGCUGCUUCAACGGGCCGAAUUGCUACGAGCCUCACUUCGAAGUGUUGCAGGCCUCGGGGUCGCCGCCGAGCGCACGGGCCGCGCCGAGGGUGGCGCUGCACAACGGCUCGG